AAUAAAGCGCACUCUAAUUUUCCACCAGGACGGGUUCGAUUAGGCGUUUCAAGCACAGGUCGCACAUGGCGGCGGAGGCGGAGGCCAGCGUGAGGAAGCGGAAGGCCGGCGAAGAUGCCGACCACGGAAGCGGCGUCGACGUCCACGUCGAAGCAGUUGACUCGGCAACGGCGGAGCCGCCCUCGACGGAAGAGAUUCCCAAAUCAUCGGACGAUACGGCCUUCAAUUCCAACCCUAACCCUAGCGAAAGCUUCCUCUUCGAGGACGAUUACGGCUACUCCUGUUCGUGCGUCGACGAUGGUGACAUCAUGAAGCAGUACACCGAUAUUCGCGCUGUGGAGGCCGCCAAGAUCCCUUACCUCGGUGACAAGGAACCCCUUUCCUCAUUGGCUGCUGAGUUUCAAUCUGGUAGUCCCAUUCUUCAGGAAAAGAUUAAGCUCUUGGGCGAACAAUAUGCUGCAAUACGACGAACACGAGGAGAUGGAAAUUGCUUCUAUCGAGGUUUUAUGUAUUCCUACCUGGAACAUAUCCUUGACGCACAAGACAAGGCUGAAGUUGAUCGUGUUCUUUCAAAUAUCGAACAGUGUAGGAAGACAUUACAGUUCCUUGGUUAUGCAGAUUUUACCUUUGAGGACUUCUUCUCAAUAUUCAUUGAGCAGCUGGAAAGUGUUCUGCAAGGAAGUGAAACCUCCAUAAGUCAUGAAGAGCUUCUAAAGAGGAGCCGUGAUCAAUCAAUCUCAGAUUAUGUCGUUAUGUUCUUUAGAUUUGUAACUGCCGGUGAAAUACGCAGACGAGCAGAAUUCUUUGAGCCAUUUGUUGCUGGGUUGUCCAAUAUGAGUGUCAAUCAGUUCGUCAAAGCUUCUGUGGAGCCAAUGGGGGAGGAAAGUGACCAUGUGCACAUUAUAGCUCUAUCCGAUGCCUUAGGCGUGCCUAUUCGUGUGGUCUACCUUGAUCGAAGCUCAUGCGAUUCGAGUUCUCCAACCAUAAACCAUCACGACUUCAUCCCUUCAUCAUCAUCAUCGUCUGCAUCUGAUCACCUGACAAAAUCUCGAGUGACUUUGCUGUAUCGGCCUGGUCAUUACGAUAUUCUGUAUCCUAAUUAAAAAUUCAAGUUGGGUUCUUUCUUGCAGGGUGUGAGUUCCUUACUUAAAAUUGUUAUUUGACUUCUGAUCAUUGACUUGCACUCACCAGCUAUCUAUAGUUCGGCACUAGUUGCUCAUAA